AUGGCCCCGGAUGACCCCCUCUCCUCCAAGCCACCGCUUGGAACACCAACCGCUCCCGCUCAAAACAGGCUCCCCAAGAAGCGCGCCACGCGGCCGCCGCAUAACCUGCCAUCUCCGGCGCUGUGCUGCGCUUGCGGGCUGUGCGUCACGCUAGCCGGCGUCAACAUUACCCUAGUGGGCGCCUUUGCGUUCGGCACCCUCCUGCCCAGCAACAACCCGCCCAUCAUCAUCGGACCCCUCCUCCUACUCGUGGCUUUGGCCUUUUUCACGACGUGCUGUGUGUUCAGCAGGAGGUCCGCGCGCCCCGCUACGUCUGUGGGCGCGGCGGGGUGCGACUCGAGCUCGGGGCUGAUGAUGAUGAAGAUGGGAGGCGCCGUGGCGUUUGAGAUGGAGACCAGUGAGCACACGCUACCGGACACCAUCGCCGUUCAGCUCAGCCCCACCGACUCCCUGACAUCGUCAUCGCCCAUCCAGGAGGAGCACCCUGCUCUAGGCGCAACCACGGGGACAGCGCAUGGAUUGAGCGUCCCAUCCCGCUACGGGAUGAUGAGGACGGGUGACGGAGAGGAGGUCCGCCCAGUGGCGGCACAGGGCUUGGAGUGCGCCUCUGAGCUGUCGGGACCGUCAGAAGAGGCGAGGUGGAGCUGA